AUAUAUAAACACGACAUUCAUACUGUGCCGAAGUGUUGAUGCCACAAAUAGUAGACGAAACGGAAGGAAACGGAAUAUUUUGCGAAUAAAUUUUAGUGUGAAAUAUUUAUGAAAAUAAUUUGUAAAAAAAUAGUGUUUUGUAAUUCCAUUUGAGUGUGAGUGAAAGUGUGUAUGUUUCAAUUGAUGUUAAAUAAACUGCUUAGCAGAAAACCGCAACAAAAAGUGCUGCUGUGAUACAAUAGAAAAUUUUGCAAAAUCUCUGUAUCACCCCCAAGUCGUGGCAUAUAUUGUACAUACAGACAUACAUACGACUGUAACAAAUACCGUUACUCUUGCCAACCACCGUCUGCCAAAGUAAAAGCCAGUCGAAAAAGUCCAUUCUCAAAUCGACCUAUAAAUAUAAUUUGAGCACCAAAAAACCCAGGAUGCGUAGCCGCACAGAAUUAGUGACCACCACCUUCGAAGACUCCGAGGAAGAUUAUAGCGAGGAUGAUGAUGACUCCGAGGAGGAUUGGCGUCCAGCCGCCUCAUCGUCGGGCAAUAAAAAUGGCAAGAAACAAAAACAAAAGUCUGGCGCACUGGCAGGUGGCGUCAGUGGUGGUGGCUCAAGCAGCAUCAGUGGUGGUAGUAAUGCCAAGCGUGGUCGUAAACGCAAGGGUGCACCAACUGUGGGUGGCAAGCAACAAACAGCGGCGGCUAAACGAAAAACAACCAGUGCAACAUACAAUGAUAGUGAUGAUGAUGAUGAUGAUAAUGAUGGGGACGAAGACAACGAGAAUGAUGAUGAUGAUAUCGAUGAAGAGGUGAGCGAUGAAGAUUUAGACGAUUACGAAGAUUAUGAACCGCAGACAGCGGCUGGUAGUACCGCAACGUCAUCGAAGAAAAAUAGCGCCGGCACUGGAACUGGUACUGGUGGCAGUGGCAGUGGCGGUGGUGGUGGUGGUGGUGGUGGCGGUGCUGCAGGUAAUAAUCUUCCGCCGAAGAAACAAUUCACCGAUAAAAACACUAGCGCUGCAGCAUCGACUGCUAGCACUUCAUCGUCAAAUGCUCAACAUUCAUUCGAAUUAUUGUUAUACAAACGCGAAUUGACUGAGGACUACUGCAAGAAUAAUCGUUUGUGUUUAUGGCGGAAGGACGAUAAUAAUUUAUUGCAAAAAUAUAUUCGUGUCAAGACUGCACCGGAAGAGUUGCUCUUCACUUCGAGCUCAGUGUACUCCAGCUGGGAUGAUAAACGCCUGUCCGAUUUCGUAAACAUCACCGUAAAAUGUCUGGAUCCAAAUAAUCGGCGCGUCAAAAUCAAAGACAUGACCGAAUUGGAUAAAUUAGUUAAGGAACAAGCAAAGAAAAAUAAACAACCAACGUUGAAUAAACGAAAAGAAAAUGAUGGUGGCGACAGCGAUGAUAAUAAUGAUGAUGAUGAUGAGGACGAUGAUGAGCAGCUCGAUAAUGAAGAAAACGAAGAGGAAGAGGAUGAGUUAGAUGACGACGAUGAUGAUGAUGAUGAUGAUGAUGAACUGGACUACGAUGAGGUAGAAGAAUCGAAAAACAAAAAAGGUGCUAAAAAAGUGCAGCCAAAAAAGGUGGCAACUACUAAAAGUGGCACGAAAAAUCUAAAACGCACUGAUAGUACUGAUGGUAAUGACGAUGACGAAAUCGAUGAUGAUGACGAAAUCGAUGACGAUGACGAGGAUGAUGUUGACGAAAACGACGAUGAGUAAAUGUGUAGUACAGAUAAACCGAUAUAUUAUAUUAUAUAUGUAUGACUAAUUUAAUAUUUAAAAAAAAAGAUAAUUAAGCGAUUUUAAUAUUUAAGAUAAAAAUUAAAGGAAAAGAUAGUGAUCAAGGGGAGGAAAGGAAAUAAAUGUAAGCAUUUCAAGUUAUUUAUUAUUCCAAACUAAAUAAUUGCAUACAUAUACAUACAUAAAUACAUACAUACAUACAUAAAUGAUAUGUGUUUCAAUAAUUAGCAUUUCCACAAAGUGGUGUCGUUGUGGUUAGGACUAACUAGUAAGUAACCCAUAAAAUACGUUUUACUCCAGUACGACAAGAUUGCUGACUUUUAUUAAAAUAAAAUAUUUAAUUUACAUGCAUACAUUCUAC